AGUUGGGUGGAAGUGGGUCAUAUGUUGAUUGAUUAAAUGAAUUCAAAUUAUCUGGUUUGGACUUGAAUUUUUGAAAAUAAAUUGGUGUAUAAUAUGGGAAUUGCAUUACUUCUUAAAUCGUAUUAAUACGCUACAAAAUCUCUUUUUUUUUUUUUUUUUGUUUCUAUAAGCAAACUAACAAUGAAUUCUAUAAUAUUUAUCAAUCCUCCUUUCUUCUAUAAUUUCAAAAUUGAAAGCCAAUCAAUAAGGGGAAGGCAGUCUUCAAGUUCAACCAAACGACAUCUAGAUGACCGUAAUCUUGUGACAUUAUCCACAAACAAUUAUCAUGCAGAUGCGAAAAUUCUGGUGUGUGUCCAUCUAUUAAAUGAACAUGGGAGAUAUAAUGAGUUAGAUCAGAAAUACUUGGAUGGCCAAAAACUUAUUGAAGCUUUCAACUCAUAUCCCCUUACUCUGAAUUUUGAUUUUCCUAACUUAGGUAUCAGAAAGACUGGACGAUGGAAGUUGGCUUACACUUUAUUUUUAACCAGUCCCAAGAACAUAGAAAAUGUUUCAAUACAUAUCAUAUCUAAUACGAUUGAAGUUUACUCUUCCAAAAGUUACCGUUUUUAUUAACCAAACUAAAAUACCAAAUAAGUUUAGUUGUUAUAUUUGACUGGUUAUUUUUUUCUAGAAAUUGUCAUUCAAUCAAUUCAAAUAACGAAUUGAUCGCUAAUAAUUUAUACCAAUUACAUACAAUUUUAUAUUAUAUAUUAUAUAUUAUAUAAUAUAUUUUUA